AUGAACAUCUACAUUCGGCCCAUCGAGGCUAUUGAAAUUCUGCCAAGCAUCGUGGAGGCAAGCAUCGGCGGCACUGUCGUCCUACCUGUAGCAGUGCUGGGCUUUCUCAACGGAAUCGACGGUGAGAAGGCGUACUUCGAUGACUGCGUGCAGGUUUCAUUUGACGUUGAUAUCGUCGAAUCGUCUCGAGUCCGCUAUCAAUCAAAUAAUGUGAUGCCAGGCAUUGGCAUGCACUCCUGCAGGUCUUUUAGCUUUGAGUGCACAGCCGUUGGCAACUCUCGCAUUUGGAUCAGCUAUGGUCAGAACAAGGAAAUCAAAACGUCAGCCAUUGUCGGCUGUUACGGGCCGAUCGUUGUGAUGCAGCCGACCGAGUCUCCCGUUCUCUCCCUUGGCUCUUCCAUUGACAUUGCCUUUGAAGGUGGCCCGCGACCGUGGUCGAUGUAUCCUGAGGGCCACUACACGAAAGUCACGGCUGUCAAUUCUUCUCUUAUCUCAAUAGCGGAAAUCAAAGAUCGCUAUCGCUAUAACAAAGAACUCCACGUGUAUCGCACCAAGUGUUUAGACUACGGUGAGGCGGAAAUUACGCUGGAAGCUGGCAAUAUAAAGUCACCUACUCUAAUGAAUCCGGCAUCAACCUCAACUACUGUAAAGAUCAACUGCUCCAAGCCAAAAACGCUGAUCAUCCAGCACAAGCUUUCCAAGUCUACAUGUCCGCAACAUGACUUUGUUUUCAAACUGGAGAAAAAUCGUAAAAUUGAGCUAGACGUGCUAGUUUUAGACGACCAAGGCAAUUCAUUCUACAACUUUACCUCGCUGUACUUUGACUGGUCAAUGGACGGCAAUGGUGAGUUUCAGAAAACAAACGGAAUCAAUGAAGAAGUUAUUGGCGCCAAAGGGUACUCGACUAUUACCCGAAGCUUCCAGGUAAUCUCUCAACUGACAACUGCCCGCUCAAAGGUCCGCGGCCGCAUCACCGGAUACCAUGAAUCGUUCUGGGGUGAUAGCUUUGACGUCUUUCGAGAAGUCGAAAUCAUCCUCACUGAUCCAAUAGCUACUGAAGAAGACAACCUUUCACUUCUGAAGCAUCCUUCUUACAAGAAAUCAAUUAAAAUUCAAAAGGGAUCGGGACAUUUUUCAGUAGAUUACACCUCUAAAGACAUCAUCAACGUCCAAAUGAAGCCAAACAGUCGGACUAUUGACAUUGUACCGCUCAACGUUGGAUCAGGCGUCAUUACAAUCACAGACCUGUGCCUUAGCUAUCCAAAGCACACAAUUGCAUUUUCAGUGGUAGAAGCACUCGACGUUAAUUUAGAUCUCAUCGACAAAAUUGAGUUGGGCUCAACAGUCAAGGGCACGUUUUAUGUGCUUGACCAUCGCGGCAUGAAAAUGCACUCUUCACUGCAUUCAAUUCUGAAUGUUGUCACAUCAAACAGCUUUUUGGAAAUUAGUGAUAUCAAGCCAAUUAACGACUACAUCACCUCCUUUUCGGUGAAGGCCACCAGUAUUGGCAUUUCAAAGGUGCUCAUUCGAUCGCAAUCGGAUGAUCUAAAGUCUGUUCAAUCAGGCGCUAUUGAAGUUCAAGUUUUUUCCCCUCUUCAAAUUGUUCCAUCAAAUAUCACGCUGAUUGUGGGAAAUCACUUUCAAGCCAACUUUAUUGGCGGUCCUCAAACUCAGCGCAACAUUGAGUUUGUCAUCGGUGAUCCAUCGCUUGCUUCAGUUGCCAACAAUGGACUGAUCAAAGCAUUGAAAAUUGGCAAAACUAAACUGACUGCAAGAGCGACAAACAUCAACAACUUUGAGUAUUCUCGCGCUGAGGUGGAAGUGCACGUUGUGCCGCUGAAGAAGAUAAAGAUUUGGUCUCCCGUUAAUCAGAUUGUCCUUGGCUCUCACAUGCCUCUUUACUUGAUUGGCAGCUCAGAGCAACAUGAGACGCCCUUCAUGUGCGGCCAGGCAGAGCCGGCGUUGAAUGUCACGUGGACGCUGUCCAACGAAAAGAUUGCCUCCAUUGAGAGCUCAUUUCAAAAGUUUGGCAUUGUCGAUUCAGUCACCGAUCAGAUUGCAGCUCGUUUCAGCGCCAAAACCGUGGGCACUGUAACUGUGAAGGCAAGAGUGGAGGUGACAGUGCCGCCCAACUCUCGAGACACUGAGCAGAUUUGGAAAAGCAUCAUUCUGACUGAUUCAGUGCAAAUUAACGUGCUCACCACCUUUGCUCCCUACCUGUCGCCGUCGUUUGCUGCCGCCGGAGCGACGCAGGAGAUUGCCAACACCAAGGUGCUCUUGCUCUCUCCCAAUGCCGAGCUGAUGUUGCACUUCAACCACCUCGAUGAGAUCUCCUACAAAGUACUGAACAGCACCUCGGUGCGCAUCAUCAACGACACUGAGCUGGUGCUGCAGGCGGGCGACCAGCAGGAGCUUGCACUGCUCCUGCUCACCCGAGACGUCCACAAGACUGGUCUGAUUGAGUUCUACAGCUUUGUGGUGCACGUGGAGAGGGUGCGCUAUCUCUCCCUGGAGUUCCUCGACACGACCUUCAUCCAGGAGAGGUCGAGCACCAGCAGCAUUGACGUCUUCCCGCUGGGCUCUGAAUCGCACCUGGUGGUGAACUUCUUCGACAAUCACGGUCGCAAGUUUGACUCGGUCAAAUCGAAUCUCAAGUGGCACCUCUCUCGCAAUGACAUCAUCACCGUGCUCAGCGACCCACUGGACAACACUCUGAAGAUUCGCGCACUGAAAGAGGGCUCCGUCGUCAUGCAGGUCACCGAUCAGGUGAACCAGGUGGGAGCCUUCUAUAAGAUUAACGUCGGCGCUCUAGACGGUGGCAGUGAUAAUGGGGCAGCUAAUGGAGAGCAAACAGUGGUGUCAGCUCCUCGGGAGGCUGUCGCCAAGUUUGAAGAGAGUGGCAGGUGCUCGCCCAGCAGCAACAACAACAUCAACAACCUGCAGUCUCCACCGCCCCCCUACUCUUCGACGACUGAUUCCUUUUACUACGCCACCACGCUCAUCUUCGGCACACUACUCUUGGCAGUUGUGCUCUACUUUCUCAUCCGCUACCUUGCAUCCAUUCCAUUUGGCGGAAAGGUGAAAGAGUACGGAGCAGCUUAUCCACCUGCAGUUGGCAACGCCGGCGAUUUGAGCUUUACUAAUGGUUCGCCUAGUUCCAGUCCAAGACGAGGUAAGCAAAAGCGCUCUUGA